CAAACAUUGCUCUUCACGCCUUAUCCAGCCUUACAGUCAGACGGUGGAAAGUCAUCCUAAAAUAUCACUCAGAUCACGACGACGCCCGACUCGCUGCAGUCAUCAUUUAGCGGGUCCUGCAUCACGCUAUCCCGCUGCCCCAUCCAUCAGCAUGUAUCAUUUCAAUCUCCGCUUUCUCACGCGUGUAAGCAUAGGAUACUCACGCCCGGCGGGGGUAGAGAAACUCUGUUCACUUGGGAUCAUCAUCGGUAUUCCUCAGGCCGCCGCUGAUGCUAGCUGCCUACCUUCUUGCACGACCUCUCUCCAACGGACCCUUUAUCUUGAGCUACUUGCUGACAUGGACUUGUAG